AUGUGUGGGGCGAGAAGUACAGUGAUUCAGGACAUCAUGGACGUCCGAGGGAUAAGUUUUCGCAAGACGAUCGCCUUCAUUGACAUCAUCUUCACGACAAUUGGUACAAAACUCCGUUAUCCGUCGUGUCAGGAGUUCAGGGCGCAGACAUGGCUGGGAUUGCUGAGGCAGAACUUUGUCUUUCUCCUGAUCUACUUCUGGGGCAUCUUUCUAACCGCAGACACGGUCAUGUUUGUCGUGGUGAUGACAAUAAGGAAGUCGGUGAGCAUCUGGGAAAUCCUCUCGCAAUGCCUCGUCGGGACGUACUUCAUCAGCAGCAUGAUGAAGAUAUUCAUCAUGCUGUACUAUCGCGACGAGCUGGCGUCGAUGAUUGCACUGCUGCAGUCACUCUGGCCACGAAAGGUCCACACAUCCGCCGAAAAGGACAUCGUGGAGGAUUACAUGACGUACAACACUAAGUGGAUCUCUCGAUACGCUUAUCUGUCCGUGAGUUGCUUCUUCUGUGUCAACACGACUCCUCUGCUUAUCUGGUUCUUCGGAGUCUUGUCUGGCGAGAUGGCAAAGCGCAGCCUGCCCUACGUCACGUGGUCAACAGCGUCCGAGAAGCACACAGACGUGACCUAUCCCUUGGCCUACUUCUACCUGUUCUACGGCAGUCAUGUUGGCAGUGUUGGCACAAUAUGCUUCGACUCCCUGUUCUGCGUGCUUCUCUCCCACAUUUGCCUGCACUACAAGCUUCUCGGUGUGGAAAUGGAGAACACAGUGGACGCAACAGAGAGCACUGAGGACGCGAACGAGGAAGCGAGUGAGGAGCGCCUCAAGAAGUGCAUUGCGAAGCAUCAAAUGCUGAUGGAGCUUCGCAGUCAGAUGGAUAAGAUAUUCACUGAUGUGAUCUUCGUCAACUUCGCCAUGAGCACAGUGAAUAUCUGCAUUGUAGGAUUCCUCUUUGGCAUUCAAACUGGUCUCGGGAAGCUGCGGUUUGUCAUGAUGCUGAUGGUUCUGUUGGCGCAGAUUUUCCUCCUCUGCUGGUACGGUCAAGAGCUUGUGGACAAUAGUCAGGCAAUCAGUGAUGCCGCUUACGAGUGCAAAUGGUACGCGUCGUCGCGGAAAUUCAGGAAGUUGCUGCUCAAUGUGCUGCACCACACGCAAAUCCCGCAGAAACUCGUCGCCAUGCACUUCUGGGACAUCACGCUGCAGAGCUUCACAAACCUCGUCAGCGCCUCCUGGUCGUACUUUGCCCUGCUGAACACCAUUUAUGGCGAUUUGUCUGGCAUGAAGCCAGAGGGCGGACUUCUGACUUAA